AUGGGUAGAUUCAAUCUUGUAAUAGCUGUAUUAUCACUUACUGUAAGUGUUUGUUUCUUCCCUGAUUUGGCUUCUGCUCAACUCAGACAGAAUUAUUAUGCAAAUAUCUGUCCUAAUGUCGAAUCCAUCGUUAGAAAUGUUGUUAACCAAAAAUUUCGGCAAACUUUCGUUACUGUACCAGCCACACUCCGCAUGUUCUUCCAUGAUUGCUUUGUCCAGGGCUGUGAUGCUUCAGUAUUAGUAGCAUCAAGUGGAGGAAAUACAGCAGAGAAGGAUAAUCCAGAUAAUCUCUCACUGGCUGGAGAUGGAUUUGAUACAGUAAUCAAAGCUAAAGCAGCAGUUGAUGCAAUUCCCAGAUGCAGGAAUAAGGUUUCUUGUGCUGAUAUUCUUGCAAUGGCUACACGGGACGUCGUUUCCUUGGCAGGUGGACCUUCAUAUGCUGUGGAGUUGGGGAGACUUGAUGGGCUUAGCUCAACAGCUGCAAGUGUAAAUGGAAAUCUGCCCAAGCCGAGCUUCAACUUAAAUCAGCUUAAUGCCAUGUUUGCUUCUAAAGGCCUAUCUCAGACAGACAUGAUUGCUCUUUCAGCUGCUCACACGUUAGGAUUUUCUCACUGCGAUAAGCUCGCAAACCGUAUAUACAACUUCAGCCGUCAGAAUCCGGUGGACCCAACCCUGAACCGGCAAUAUGCGACUCAAUUACAGGGAAUGUGCCCAAGAAAUGUGGACCCCAGGAUAGCCAUCAACAUGGACCCAAACACACCCAGAACCUUUGACAAUGUCUAUUUCCAAAAUCUCCAGCAGGGCAAAGGCUUAUUCACAUCAGACCAAGUCCUCUGGACAGACAUAAGGUCCAGGCCCACAGUCGAUGCAUGGGCUAGAAACCCACAGGCCUUUCAGAGGGCCUUUAUCCAAGCCAUGACCAAAUUGGGCCGGGUCGGAGUCAAAACGGGCAGGAACGGGAAUAUCCGUUUUGACUGUGGAAGAUUUAAUUGA